UCACCGGAAGUCAAGAGGGUCAAAAUGGCGGAUUUUCCAGAUAACGUCGUCAAGGCAGUGUUGUAGUUGUUGAACUAAAACACGCACUUAUUCUCAUAUGAAUGAAAAACAAAACAAAAACGCAGAUGCAGUGAUGAAAAACUGCAGCAAUUCGUCACGGAUGUACUGAGUGAAGCCGCUGACUGUGUUUCCACUUCGGUGUGUCUUCCGGCAUCAAUCUGACUGUGCGGAAGCAUCAGGAGACGUGAGUGGAAGUCGUAUCCGUUGAAAAGUUAAGGAAGUGGUCUCAGCUGUCAAGAUGGGUGAAGUGACUCUUGUGGAUGAGCUUGUGAGACAAGUCUUCCUUCCAGAGCCGCAACUCAUCAUUCUGGCCCCGCCACCCUCUUUCCUCCCGUCGGCCGACGAACCGCCCACUGUUUGGCCCAAGUGGCUCAACGCGUUCGAACGCUAUCUCGGCGCACUCGACGACGAGAAGCUGACUGACAAAAGUAAGUGUAUGCUUCUGGAAAACUGUCUGGGCCAAGAGGGUCAGCGCGUCUUCACGGCGCUCGUCUCGCGGGAACAGACGUACGCGGCGGCCGUCUCGGCGCUGACCGCCUACUUCACCGCCGGCCGCAGCUCUCGUGAGCGCUUGCUCCGAUUCCACCAAAGGGCGCAGAUGGCCGGCGAGAGCACGGAUCAGUUCGUCACGGCGUUGGAAGCGUUGCUGGCGCCCAGCGACCGCGCUGGCGACGAACUGAUCCUCAAUCAGCUGAUCGAGAAAACAAAAUGGCCACAGCUGAGAAAGCGGCUGUGCUCACAAAAGGAAACGCUCACGCUUGCCACCGCCUUGCGCAUCGCUAAAGAGGUGGAGUCGGUUUUAAACGAUGACGUCAAGCCUGUGGUGCAGCGACGCAAAAGAGGAAGGCCUCGGCGAGAGCAGACAGUCGCGAUUGAAACCCAAAGGUCUACUUGCAAAGUCAACUGUAGCUACAAAAAACGGGUGUAUGAGUUGGGUGUUGAUGAAGACGUCGACUACGCCAACAUCGACACCGACGACGACUACAACAACGGUGACGACGAGGAUAAAAACAGUGGUGGCUCCUCAUCACUUGACUUAAAACAGGAGGCAGUCUUGGACAGGCCAAGUACGGCUGGCAACAGGAAAAUCGUGAAACGUUUUUCUUGUUCCGUCUGCGUGGACAGACACUUCGCCAGCGCGCACAAGCUGGCGAGACACAUGAGGACGCACACCCAGGAGAAACCCUUCUGCUGCCCCGUUUGCGCCACCGUCUUCAGCCAGUCGUACCACCUGACGCGGCACAUGCGAGUCCAGCACAACGCCGCCCAGCACGUGUGCCCGACCUGCUGCGACAGCUUCUGGAGCGUCGCGGAGCUCAAGAGCCACAAGAAGACGCACGUGCCGCAAUUUCUGUUGUGCCCCCACUGUCCUGACAAGUUGCUGGACAACGACACAUUUUUACGUCACGUGGCGUCUCACAAGGAGGACAGGCAGGAAGGAGUCGAACCGAUACGGGGGGGGGAGGUCCAAACCAAUAUGGGGGAGAUGGAAACCAAUAUGAUGGAACCAUUGAUGGACGACGUCUGUAGUGUUACCGAAUCAGCAACACUACAGACGUCGUCCACCAUCAGCAACGCUGAUGAAAAUAAUGAAUCGGAUGUCCGUGUUGAGACGGAAAUGACGACGCUUUCUCUUGACGGCAGAUGGGGCGCAAGCGUCCCCUGCAAGAAGACCCACGUGUGCGCCGUGUGCAACAUGAUCUUCCGCCGUGCCGACAAGCUCAACCGACACAUGCGUACGCACACCAAAGAGAAGCCCUUCCGGUGCACCGACUGCUCGCGCACCUUCAGCCAGUCGUACCACUUGAGCCGGCACCAGCGGCAAAAGCACGGCUUGCGGCCGUACAUCUGCCACCGGUGUGGCAAGGCGUUCGCUAGCUGGUUAAAGCUGAAGGAGCACCAGAAGACUCACGCGGGCAAGCUGACGUGCCCUGCCUGCAACGAGAGCUUCAAGGAGAGGGCCCACCUGGAGAGCCACCUUAAGUCGCAUAAGGAGAUCCCCCGUGGCCCUCACUCCCUCAUCUGCGAAGACUGUGGGAAAGUGUUUGGCCGCCGCUACCACUUGAAGCGGCACAUCCUGGUGAAUUGCAAGGCCUCGCACUCAGAUUGCUACACCUGCGCCGAGUGUCACAAGAGCUUCGUCUUGGCGGACGACCUGAAGAAGCACCUGAGGAAGCACGCUAAGGAAAACAGCGGAACGUGUCCGCGAUGCGACCAGAACUUCGGCAGCCGAGAGGAGCUGGAGGCGCACGUGGCGGCGCAUAAUGCUUCCUACCUGUGCAGCGUCUGCGGGAAGAAUUUCAAGGUGGAGAACGCGCUGAAGAAGCACGAGCAGAAGCACAAAGAAGAGCACUUCUACUGCGCCACGUGCCGCAAGCACUUCAGCAACCUCUCGCACUACAAGCGGCACGAGGAGGUGCACGACCGACGCGAGAACAAAUGUCCGCACUGCGAGCAAGUCUUCCUCAAGCUCACCGCUUUUAAGUAUCACCUCCAGUCGCACAGGGAGGAGAGACCCUACCAGUGCACCUACUGCAUGGAUACCUUCGAGCACAAUGAGGAGCUGGAGCGCCACUGCCUCAAGCACAGGAAGUUCCGGAAAGAGCGCCCGUACAACUGCACGCGCUGCAACCACGCCUUCGCCACGCUGGCCGAGCUGACGGAGCACUUGGACGGCCACAAGGGCGAGUCGCCGCUCAGCUGCGACAUCUGCGGCCGCUCGUUCCUCAACGCCAGCAAGCUGGAGAAACACCUGAGCCUGCACACGGGCGAGCGGCCCCACCUGUGCACGCACUGCGGCAACGGCUUCCCGACGGCCGCCAACCUCAAGCAGCACAUUUACUCCCACACCGGCGAGAAGCCCUUCGCGUGCUCGCAGUGCAACAAGGCCUUCCGCUCGGCCGGCGGGCUGCAUCUGCACAGCAGGCGGCACAUGGACGCGCCGCCCAGCUUCGAGUGCGUUGACUGCGGCAGGACUUACGGGCGCAUGACCGAGCUGAGGAUGCACCAGCGGUACCACACGGGGGACAAGCCGUACACCUGCGUCAGCUGCAAUAAAAACUUCGUCAGCAAGCACAAGCUGAUGGUGCACGCUCGCAUACACACGGGAGAGCGGCCGUACUCGUGUCCCCACUGCGCGCAGACCUUCAGACAGAGUGGAGACAGAAACAGGCACGUCAAUAAGUUCCACAGUAAAGCUUCCGAACUGGAAUGGUGAGAGCUCUGUCAUCUUCUGUAAAUAGCGUCGUACUAUAGCUGCGACAGCGGCAUGUAACCCGCCAGUCCACAUUUCCACCAAGCAAUACAAUUCAACUCACUAGCGUAGGGUUCAGAUCAGUUAAAGGUCAUGUAUUUUGGCUAUUUAGACUCUCUAACGAGCUGCUCUUCCUAUACUGGCAUAGGACCUAACAACUAACACUUGAAAUCAUUUUGCAGCUUUCAUAGGCGAGCAAAUUUGUAGGACACAAAUGCAGCGCGCAUUGCCCUCAUCACACGCAUGGCUUUGUUUACAAAUUAUUGUUCGCUUGCAAAAUGUGCAACGUUGGAUGCGAACCGCACUAGACAAAUAAAAAAAUCAAGUCCGCUUUUGGUCCGGACCAAACGAGAGGACCCAAGUUUUUUUCCUGGUAGGAAUGCAUCCUUAUUCUUAACGCUGCCCAACAAAGUAGUUUAUUGCGCAUUGUUCAUAACAUCUUGCCACUGUCGUAAACCAGGGAGACGCAAUAAAACGCGUACCGAACUAUAGCACUAGGUGGUCAAAUUGAAGAAAAUGACACUUUAAAUAGCAACAGAACACAUCCACCAUUUGUUGUCCUUUCUUCUUGGCGUGCGACUGUUUUAAUUUAAAGAAGAUGACUAACUACAAUUGAGAAAAGAGCUUGGUGGUCAAAUUUCAAAUCCUGCUGUUGAGCCUUCAACAGACUUGGGUGAAUCACGUCACCCUUUCUGUUUUGCACCAGUGCAAUUAGCGUUUUCAACAAAUAUUGACAAGAAGCAAACAAUGACUGGGCCAGCUAUGUGAAAACUGUUUGUGUUGCAAACGAUGUCAUGUCAAUAGUAACAUGGAUGAAACGGUGUGCUUUAUGGUUGACUGGGAAGAACCAUUUGGCCACAAAAGGUUUAAAAAAAAAAAAAAAAAGGAUUUUGUUGUGUGAAGAUAUGUUCCGCUGUGAAAAAUCUAGCAAAGAUUUUUUCCUCUUUUUUUUUUUUUUUUUUUCCCCUCCCCAAACAAUUGUUCUGCCUAUUGGUCCAACAUUUCAUAAUGUAUUUGUUGUUUCUCAGCUUUGCCGUCUCCAUGCAAAACGUGGCGUCAUAACUACUGAAUGUUCCAAAUGAACUGCACUAUGUUCUGCACCCUGCUUCUACUGCUUUGCCAAAAUGCUUGUGCUAUAUUUUAUUAUUUAUACAGUAUUUCGUGGUCUCAUUGCAUCUUCACUCUUACCGGGCUUUACUGUAAACAUCGGACCUAGAUACCAACUUGGGAACCAAUAGUAUAUAUACAUCUGCACUUGUAAAAAUGGUCCCAUACAACUACACUGAUACCGCCUCAGCAGCCUGACUUGUACGUUCUGGGUAGGAGAAAUGUCAGCUUUUUUAAGGACACGGACGACAACACUUUUAGACCAAACUUUUAAAUCCACCAGACUACAUGCAGUUGGAUGUUAAAAUGUCAGUGAUGACAAGUCUCUACUGAAAAUGUUCAAGAAAAGUGUGCUUUUGAACAAUAUUUGAUGAGAAUAAAAACACAUCACAGUCGCAAGACGCAGUGGCAUCAUUGUUAAGUAUCAGAUUACUCAAAUAGAAGUACUCAGUCUGAAAGGUAUCAUUGCAUCUCUAAUACCAACUAAAAGUGCCAUACAGGUGACUUCACCGAAUCAUGCUGGGUUUUUGGGUGUACGAGGUGAAACAAACGGGCCACGUUGUGUGCUGCUGUUAUCUGCAGUCGGUGCGACAAACUGCCUCGUUGCAUUUAGACUUGUGAAAAUAAACUUGUCAAAGUUUA